UCUAAAUCUGGCAACAUUUCCUCACUCGCCAUUUUGCAAGAAUGUCAGCCAAAUCAUCAGAGCGAGUUUUUAGUUAAUUUAUAUGUUAACGCACGUUAAAUUACAGUGAUUUUGUGUUUUGAAUAUCGUUUUUAUUGAUAAACAGCAAAUAUGGACCGUUUUAUAAGCAUGUGGAAGGUGCGGGAGUUGGCGGACAAAGUCACAAACGUAGUGAUGAACUACACGGAGGUAGAAGGCAAGGUGCGCGAGGCGACCUCGGACGAGGCGUGGGGGCCCACCGGCCAGCAGAUGCAGGAGCUCGCGCUCGCCACCUUCACGUACGAGCACUUCCCCGAAGUCAUGUCCAUGCUGUGGCGGCGGAUGCUGCAUGAUAAUCGCAGCCAUUGGCGCAGGACUUAUAAGUGCCUGCUACUCUUAAGCUACCUGGUCCGCAACGGUUCUGAGCGCGUGGUGACGUCGGCGCGGGAGCACAUAUACGACCUGCGCUCGCUCGAGAACUACACAUACGUCGACGAUGUGGGGAAAGAUCAGGGUAUCAACAUAAGGCACAAAGUGCGAGAACUCAUAGACUUCAUUCAGGACGACGAGAAACUACGUGAGGAGAGGAAGAAAGCAAAAAAGAACAAGGACAAGUAUAUCGGCAUGUCGUCGGAGGCGGUGGUGAUGGGCAUGCGAGGCAGCUCGGCGGGCUGGGGCGAGUACAGCGACCGCAGCUCCAACUGGGAAGAGCCAAAAGAGAGGAAUGAUGAAGACGAAUACGAAAGAGAGGAUUCGGACGGCGAUUACGGACAUCACAGGGAAAGAAGACCACAGAAAGAGAACGUAUACCGCGAUUCAGACGUGGUAAGCUCGAGUCCUCCGCGCGCUCGCUCACUGGAGCGAGCCGAGCGCGUCGAGCGCAACGAACGCCUCGACCGAGCUGAGCGAGCCGACAGGGCGGAGCGAGCCGACCGAGCAGAGAGAGCGGCGCCUAAACCCUUCAGCAUUAACCUUAAGAGCCCUGUUAAACAGAAGCCUUCUACACCUGUUAAGAAAAUUGAUUUAGGAGCAGCAGCAUCAUACGGCAAGUCCUCGACAGCAUCAGCGCCGGCUCCUCAGAGCCAGCAGUCGCAGGAGCUGCUGGAUGACCUGUUCAAGACCUGUGCAGCACCCGCCGACCCACCACGUGGACUCGACGCUGCUAACGUGCUAGAUGACUUUGAUCCUAGAGCCGAAGAACCGCCGCUACCACGAAAAGUAUCGAACGAAUUUGGUGACUUCACAAACGCAUUCGGUCCCCCCGCCAACAACAACGAAGGAUUUGCCGACUUCUCCAGCGCUUUCACCGAUAACAACACUGCUAAUGUCAACAACACUAAUAUCUUGCUGGAUUCAAGCAAUAACCUGAUGAGUGCAGGCAAUAAUCUGAUGGGUGCGAGCAACAACCUGAUGGGGGCGAGCAAUAAUCUGAUGGGAGCAAGCAAUAACUUGAUGAAUUCCAACAGUUUGCUUAGUUCUACUACUAAUAUGAAUACAGCCCCAUCAUCAAACCUGGACCUUCUGAGCGAGCUGUCCCCCACCCCACUGUCAGCGGUGGACACACUAUCUGACCACCUGUCCAGCGUCACGCUGCAGCCCGCACUCGCGCCAGGCGAGUUGUUUGGUACCGCGUGCCAGCGGGCGCUGCGCCGCGCCGCCCUGCACGUGCAGGCCGCGGGGCGGGUCCGCAGUGCUGCCGAGCUCGGAGCCCUGCAGGCGGCGCUGGCGGGGGCCCGCGAGGCGCUGCCGGGCCCCUUCACGCUGCAGCGCCUCACCCGCGCCGACCCGCCCGCGCUGGUGGGCCGCGAGCUCGACGCCUACUCCGAUCUGCUCACCACGCUGGCUCGCUGCCUGCUGCCGCAGUGGCCGCUAUGCCGGCAGCAGAUACAGGACCUCUUCACCCUCGACGAGGGCGCACACAACGCCAGGGAGGCCCUCUCCAUACUCUGCAGCUUCCUCAAGCACGAGACCGACAUGACCGCCGUCAAGGCCCUGUCCGACAUACUGGUCGCGUACAUCAAGAGCGACGUCAUCUUCACCGCCAUAGUGGACUGCUGCACUCCCGACGCCGAGGACACUGACGCCAGCGACCGCGACGACGCCUGGGAGCACUACGUGCAACUGCUCGUAACACUGCCGCAGAGAGUCGCCAAUAGAUUAGAGAUCAAUACCCCCAAGGCAUUCUCCCAUGAAAACUUUGCUUACUAUUUAAUAUUCCACGUGAUAAGGGCGAUAGAUUUCAUGUCCCAGAGCAGUUUCCAAGAAAGCACGCAGUAUAAAAUCAAGGGGCUGUCCCACUUUGUAUCUAAGAUUAUCACAAACUUCUACAUGGGCGGGGACUCGCCCGUCAUAGCCAGCUUCGUGGACAUACUGUCCGCGUGGACCGAGACUUCCGAACAAAACCGAUACGUCAAGCGCAAACUCAUACAAACAUUACUAAAACAUUUAUCCCGACAAGCGAUAGAAUACCUGAGCAUAAUGCUACUGAAGCAGUGCCCCAUACACUAUAAAGCUGAUCAACAGAUAAUAUACAACGUUAUCGGUGAUAACUUCGACACGAACAAUGAUUGGAAGGAAAUACUCAGUUUCAAGAUACCUUUUUACGUAAAACCCAAAGACUAUAAGGAUACGACGAUACAGGAGAACUUGUUAUACUAUCUGUCGUACACGAAGAACUCUGAGGGAAACAUGAACGAAUUGAUUCUGAAGCUAGCCACAGUGUGGGCGGACGUCAGGCUCAUCAACACUUCCAACUUAAUGGAACAUAUCUACAUCUCACAGCUACUCAUCCUCGCAGUUCGGUACAGGGUCACCAUGUCUCUCUGGAGUAAGUCAGUUUGGAAGACUUCAGAACUUAAGAAUAUUUUACUGCGAGGCAUGGGCAAACAUCUCGACGUGCUGUCCCCAGAGUUCCGCUGUGUGGGCACCGCCACUAUAGAGAUAAUACUCAAGAUCAUGGCUGAACUAGAAACAGAUAAGAAACCAGAACUCAAAUUCCAGUACGACGAUAUGGGAGACUCGUGCAAACAAAUAUACCAGAACCUAAAAGACUUGUCGCACCGAUGUCUUAUAGACCACAGACGCAAGGGGCCGGACAACUACGCGCCUCGACAGAUCAAUUUAAAGCUAUCGCUGGAUUAUAUCGCGAGCAGAUUCGCUAAGGACGAGAACUGUAGAGCGCAUAAUACUAUAGUCUCUUGUGCAGUCAAGGGCCCCGAACAAACUAAGGAAAUAGUCAAAACUAUUAUAUCUGUAAAACUAGACGCGUUAGAUGGAAAGCAAGAAAAUCUGGAUUCCGAUGACGAUCUUGUACCUUAUGACAUGAGUAAUGAUAUUUCUGUCAGUGUUAAGAAACAUCCCAAAUAUCUAAGAGAUGUACUAGAGAUCAUCGUUGAAGCGUCAGAUGCGGAACUAUUUGAGUGCAGCGUGGAAGUGGCCGAGGAAGUGGUCACCAAACAACUGAGGGAUGAAGAUCCGAAGGUUGUAACCGAGAUACUAGACGUGUUCGUGCAUCUCGAGCCUAAAUACCACAUAGAUGAUUUCGACAACAUCAAGUUCAAAACGUGUGUAGCGAUUGUAUGUCAACGACCUGAGGUAGCGGCUCCACAUCUCUGCAGGGAAAUACACACGGACAUAGGACGAUACUCAAUUGCAACCAAAAUGUUCAUGUUAGACGUAUUAUGUGAAGCUGUCAAUAGGAUAUCCGGAGUGUACUCGCACAAAAAACUAAUUCCACUUAAAACUGAAGACAUCAUUUGCGAGCCCCAGAAAGAUCUUUCGCCCGAAGAAAUCAUAAGGCGAAGACUUAUUAAUAAAACUAGGUAUUUCCACACGAAAAAACCACAUCCCUUUUCGAAAGCCAAAAGGAAUAUAUUUGCGGCUGUUGCUGACAAUAUCUUCUAUCCCUUAGUGGGGGGUUUUGGAUAUAAUCAGCUGACGCUUAGCCAACACAACCUCAAGCAGGAUGUGGACAACAUACUGUUAUUAAAAUACCUGGCAGUCGUCGGCAACGUGGUGCUAGCAACGAAGAACUGUCCCAAUGUGACGACAUACUGCUGGGAGGUUGUUAAGAUAGUGCUAUACAUGCGAUAUACCCCGGAGCCAACGAUACAGACGAGUGUGAUGUCACUACUCGCGUCUGUGAUCCUCGUGGUGCCGGCGAGUAUACUCAAAGUGGAGUUCUUCGAUGUCAUGAUGGAGCUGAGGUCGUGGCUGAUCGACUGCCUCAAGAAUGUCGACCUGACCAUGAGGCUCGGCGGCCCCAAGUCUGAAUCGGCGAUAUUCGCCGGACAAGUCUUAGCGUUACUCGAGAAAAACUUAGGAGACAUUGAGUAAUACUAUCGUAUUAUAACAAUGUCUUAACUGAUAGUUUUGUAAGCGAAAUGUUGUGGAAGUUCAAUUCUGAAUGUAAGCGAUAGUGGCCAGGCCAUCUGAGAUUCCAUGUAAUUCUGAUAGGUUUAAGUUUUGAUGCUAAUUGAUUACAACAUUGUAGUGAUUCCUAUGAUCUAUGUGUCUGUAUACCCACCGUCAAUACAUUACUUAAUGUCAACAA